UUGGUGUUAGUGGCAAAAGAUGAGAACUGUCACCAAAUCACUUCCAUUUCUUAUUGCAAAAAAAAAAAGUAAAAGAUAACAAAAUAUAAAAAAAAAUACAAGAAAUUUAAAGGGCGAAAGUUGAGAGAGACAAAGAGGGAUGAGAUUUUGCUCUUCCUUGAUAAAUCCCAAUACCUAAAUACCCAAAUCCCCCCAUAUUAUUACUUUUAGGCUGCCAGAGAAGUAGAGAGAUAGAGAGUGAGACGCAUUUGAUUUUACUUUUUCUUUUUUUGGGGGGGUUUUGGAAGAGCCUGGAAUCUAGCUUCUCACAAUCGAUCUCUUCCCAGAUUCUGCGGAGGAGCUCUGCGUCUUUCUUCUUCUCUUAGAGUGAUAUUAGAUACUUCUUCUUGAGUAGAAUUUCAUCCUGAAGAAAUGGUCUUAGAUGUGUAACUUGUCUCGUGAACAAGUUUCAUCUGUGAUUUGAUGGGUAAAGAGAGUCCGCUGGAGAUUACCAAUAGCGGAGUCAGUCAUCAUCACGAUUCUCCACCUGUCAAGAACGAUGAUGUACACGAAGCUCCACGUUACAGUUCAGACAAGGACACUGGUUUACCAACUUGCCGCGUGUGCCAGUGCGCAGAAUCCGACAGAAGAGGAGACGCUGCGUUAGGCUUUUUGGGCAUCACACCUCCUGUUGUUUCAGAAGAACCACCUCGUGGAAGCAAUGCAAACCAAGAAACCCCUGAUAAGAAGAAGAAAAGCGGCUUCAUCGAACUGAUAAGUCCCGACGGAGAAGUGUUCGUCUGCGCAGACGAAGACAUAGAGAUGGGAGCUUGGCAGCAUCGAGACACGUUGCUGGAGCUCGGAUGCUCUUGCAAAAACGAUCUCGCUCUGGUGCACUACGCCUGCGCGUUGAAAUGGUUCGUCAACCACGGAUCGACCGUCUGCGAGAUCUGUGGGAGCGUUGCGGCGAAUAUAAGAACGGUCGAUCUCAAGAAAGUGGUCAUCGCGUUGAAAGACUACGCAGCGCUGAGAGAAAGAACAGCGGAUGGAGAUCCCAACCCUGUAGCGGUUAGUAAUAACAACAGCAACACGAGCUCUUCGGGGAUAGAUCCUGAUGCGGUUGCAGCCAUUCGAAGGCAACGGCUUAGUGAGAUUUCGUUGUGGUUUGGUCCGCAUUGUACAAACAACAACAACAAUAGUGGUAGUAGUAAUUCAGCUGUUGCUGCGGGGGUGGCUGCUGCUUCUCAGGUGACAUCUGAACAGCCUUUGGGUGUAGUUGGCUUUGAUAUAUUGCCUAUGGAGAGCAGAGCGACUAAAUGGGCUGUGGAAGGUACAGGGAUACUGCUCGCUACAGGAUUACUCACUGUUACUUUGGCUUGGCUCAUUGCUCCACGUGUUGGAAAAAGAACUGCAAAGAGUGGACUGCACAUACUCCUGGGUGGACUCUGUGCUUUAACAGUAGUCAUCUUCUUCAGAUUCGUAGUGCUGACUAGAAUCAGGUAUGGACCAGCACGUUACUGGGCGAUCUUGUUCGUGUUCUGGUUUCUAGUGUUUGGAAUUUGGGCAUCACGUUCUCAUGCUCACGCUUCCAGUUGAACAUUCUUCUCCCUGCUCUGUUGUGUUACUAUUUCUUUUGUUUCUGUCUGUCUCUGUUAAUAUCGUUUACAUCCUUCGGUUUAGAAGAACAAAAUGUACAAUUAUUUGUUGUCCCACAAAAGAAACUGUUCUGUCUC